CAAGUCAUCUCACGAAACACAUCAUGAUCUGGCAACCCGUCACAUUUCCUCCUUAUUGAAGCUAAAGCUACCCAUCACUGCUGGAAAGAUCACCUGAUCCAUCUGAUCGCCACGCAAAUAACCGAGCGAAAGGGUUUUAUAAAACAUCUUAGGGGUCUGACCGAGGAGGGAAGACGCACUCAGGAUGGUCACCAUUCCGGAGUACUACGAAGGAAAAAAUGUUCUUAUCACAGGGGCCACCGGAUUCAUGGGAAAGGUUCUUCUGGAGAAGCUGCUACGCUCCUGUCCCGGUGUCAAAGCUGCCUAUGUGCUUGUCCGACCCAAAGCAGGACAGGCUUCAGACGUCCGUGUCACCGAAAUGAUAAACUGCAAGCUUUUCGACAAGCUGCGAGAGGAGCAGCCUGACUUUGCGGAAAAGAUUGUGCCGAUAAACAGCGACCUGACCCUGCCGGAUCUAGAUUUGAGUGCAGAAGACGAAGAGACCCUCAAAGGCUGCAUUAACAUCGUCUUUCAUUGUGCUGCUACCAUCCGCUUCAAUGAGCCUCUGAAAGAUGCCAUGCAGUUAAAUGUGUUGGCCACACAGAAGAUGGUGAACCUGGCCCAUAAAAUGAAGCAUUUGGAGGUGUUUAUUCACGUGUCCACUGCCUACGCCAACUGCGACAGAGAGCUCAUCGAAGAGGUGGUAUAUCCACCACCUGUCGACUACAGAAAGCUCAUAGACACACUUGAGUGGAUGGAUGACAAACUUGUCUCUUUAAUGACACCGAAACUGUUGGGUGAGCGGCCCAACACGUACACGUACACGAAAGCCUUGGCUGAAUACCUUGUCCAGCAGGAGUGUGGAAACCUCAACGUUGUCAUCAUCAGGCCUUCAAUAGUAGGAGCCAGCUGGAAAGAACCGUUCCCUGGUUGGAUUGAUAAUUUCAACGGGCCCAGUGGUAUAUUCAUAGCUGCAGGGAAGGGAAUUCUACGGACAAUGAGGGCUUCGAAUAACGCCGUCGCUGACCUCGUGCCAGUGGAUGUAGUCAUCAACACCACUUUGGCUGCCGCAUGGUAUUCCGGAUCCCAAAGGCAUUCCAGGCCAAGAAGCAUGUUGGUGUACAACUGCACGACAGGCGGGAUCAACCCAUUCCACUGGGGUGAAGUCGAGUACCAUGUUAUAUCUACUUUCAAGAGGAACCCCCUUGAACAGGCUUUCAGGCGACCCAAUGUAAAUCUCACAACCAAUCACCUUAUCAAUCAAUACUGGAUUGCUGUAAGCCACAAGGCACCAGCUUUCCUAUACGAUCUCUUCCUCAGGAUAUCAGGAAGAGAACCCAGGAUGAUGAAGACCAUCACACGUUUGCACAAGGCCAUGAUGGUACUGGAGUACUUCACCAGCCACUCGUGGGUGUGGUGCACUGACAACGUCACCAUGCUUAUGAACCAGAUGGGCGUCGAGGACAAGAAGGUAUUUAACAUAGACGUUAGACAGCUGCACUGGGCUGAAUACAUGGAGAAUUAUUGCAUGGGCACUAAGAAGUAUGUACUCAACGAAGAGCUCUCUGGACUUCCAGCGGCACGCAAACACUUGAACAAGCUGAGAAACAUUCGCUACACGUUCAACACCGUCUUGGUCGUUUUGAUCUGGCGCGUCUUCAUCGCCCGUUCGCAGAUGGCCAGGAACAUCUGGUACUUUGUCGUCAGCUUGUGCUUCAAGUUCCUCUCUUAUUUCAGAGCCUCCAGCACCAUGAGAUACUGAUCCCCCCGUGCUCUUCCCUCUCUCCCGACGGCUAUGCACACACUUCUGCUUCGAUACACUCCGUGGUGCCUGCAGGGUCCAGCAUACGAGCGUAGUAUCAGCUAUCUUCCCCUCCUGCGCAAGUGCGCCCUUUGCAUAAAAGAAUUCGACUGCAUGAAUUUUGAGGGCUUGAGGUCUGCAAAAUGAGAGCGAGAGCGUUCUUGCCGAGCGUGUUUGAGCACUUACCCUACCUGUUCCGCCUCCUAAACACAAGCAGGUCGUGGGCGUCUCUUUUUGUAAUGGUUUACAUACUCAUACUCGUCCUGUGCAUUGCUUGCUGAUGGCAGUGACCCCUUUCCAACUGUAAUCAAUGAAGCACAAGGAGGAAAAAUCGAGUGACGGUUUGAUCUCAGCUCUGUGCCUACAAAUCAGAAAUUAUUUGAUCUUGUUUAUCAUGUGCCCAGUGUCUAUGUUAGGUCAGUCCUGUUUUAUAUUAAUGUCUCGUUGCACUGAUAUCUCUCACUCUUUUUGAGAUUAAAGCAAUGAUUGAUGUUUAACCACAUAAGCAUCUUGAGCCGCUGGUUUGUCCACACAUUGGCUUAUUUAGGUAACAAUGUAUCUAUGUCAACUAUGUUAAGUUGCCCUUUCCUUAUGCAUUUAUUUGUAUUAUUUGACUUCAUUUAUAAAAACAAUCAGUUUCUUUGAAUAGUGAAUCAGAUUAUGGCAUUUAUGGUUUAUAGAAAUGUUGAAAACUACACCUCAGUUUGUCCACCUCCUUAACCUGUUGCCUUUAACAAAUAUUGGGCAUUAUUCACAAGCAGGUGAUUUUUUUUUUUAAAGCAACCGUUGCAUAAAUAAGGCCCAAUGUUUGUUUCUUUCCACAUAUUAAUGUGCAGGUAAUAGUUAAUGUACAUAAAUGAUUUUUACAGUAAUUACUGCAAAUAUGCCAGCUUUCAAAAUUUGCAGCUGUGUAUAGGCUUUAUUUCUUUGUUUAUUUAUUGAAUAUUAACAUUCAAUAGAGUCUAUGACUGUGGAGGGUUCAAAUUCAUUUUACCAGGAUUCAGUGUUCAAAUAGUUUCUUCUCAUCUAUUUUGUGAACCAUGCCUGAAUGUUGACGAAGAGCUGAUGGAUGAGUGUUUUCUAAAACUGUAGAUCUAUUUAGAUAUAGAGCACUGUAAUUUAAUAUCGUACGUUACAAAGUAUUUUCCAUGUUUGAAAUAAUAAAUAGGAAAGUGAUUUAUUAAGCAGAGAAUGGUGGGUAAAAUUAAGAGGCGUGCUUCUAAUCACAAUAAAUGCUAUUUUACAGUUCAUUUACUUUGAGGUCAUGAUUAGUUUGUCAUUGGUUUAACUCUUUGCACUGCUUAACAAUCAAAUUGGGAAGUUUGCCGGAUAUUAUUACUAACUGUGUGGAUAAUACAUUAAUCUUUUUUAUUAAGGGGUUAAAGAAUUUAUGGGCCCCUGCCUUCAUUUUAGCACUUCUAUCAGGAUCCAUAUUUUUAUGUGGGAAUUUGACUGGAAUAUAAAAAGUGGGGUAAAAUAAAAUCGAAUAUUCAGAAUGAAGCCAUGGUCAAAUCUUUUUCUGUUUCUUUAUGAUGGAUAAUAACGGUAUAACAAUCAUUAGUCUUACGAUUUUUUUUCUAAUCAUUAGAUCAGAUAAAAGUCUGAGAACAUUACAACAGUAUUUAAGAAAACAAGUGCAGUUUGUUUCCAUGUACCCGUUUUGUCUGCCUUAUACAUUGUUUUUGUUGGGUUAAUAUAGUGUACUAUUCAAAGAAACCCCUCUACAUUGUCAUGUCUGGGUUUUUUUUGAGAGGGAGAGAGAGAGAGAGAGAGAGAAAGAGAGAGAGAAUUGUAAUUCACCACUUUUCAGUGUCACAGGGGAUAACAAUAAUCAAUGGGUGCCUUUCAUUUGUAAACCAAAAGAAAUAAAGAAUAACCUAUGUGAA